GGCCCGACCAACCUAAAUGAGCGGUCCUCCUGCAUUCAGAUGCACUGUGCUCGGAUGCACCAACGGGCGGUCGCAACGACUUCGAAAUAAAUUUAUUACCAAUCUGUUUAAUAUUUUUUUUCCGUUUUACUCUUUUUUUUUUUAAUUUACUAUUUUUUUUUUUUAUUAUUUAAUUAUUAUUAUUGUCGCUAUUAUUUUUUAUUCGCAGUCUCAGUGUGCGUUUGUUUGUGCUCGUGCGGUUAUAUCAGUUUUAAGUAAAUAAUAAAUUAUUUUCGUUACGUUAUAAAUUUAUUAAACUCGUGUUCGACGAGUCCGUGUUCGUGUUGCAAGCGACAAACGACUAUUAUUUGGACACCAAAUUAUUCACAAAGCUCAAUUUUUUUUUCUUCGCCUCAAACUUGGCGAUCCAUAGCGUUCAGACACGGGUUGGAAAGGAUCGCUGAAGAGUUAAUGGGAAGAAGAAAAUGGCACCAGUAUCAAGACAUUUUGGCGAAAAAUUAUUUACUAGAAGAGGAAUUAAUGGAUCGGAGAGAAUGGGUUCCCGUCAAAACGUUUAAUUCAUGUGAUGUGAACACAGACCUGAGUAUAGCGGAUCACUCACCUGCAGAACUGGAGCCAUCGUCUGAAACGGGAAGCUUGAGCGGCGGCAGUCGCAGCGCAGAGAGUCCGGAACCGGAACCGGGCAGGCGGUCGUGUUCCAUACCGCCGACGGCGGCAUCAGAGCCGUGUUGCGCCGAUGAUCGGUCGCCACCACCACCGCCACUGCUAUUGUGCCUCCAACCCCACGGCGCUGCCGCCGCCGCAAUGGCCGCGGUCGCGUCAAUGAACAACUCGUCGUCGUCAUCGUCCACGACGACGAUGACACCGGCUGGCGGGCCACCGUCGCCCACCGCGCUUGAGGCCGCGGCCGCCGGCCUGCCGAAAUGGCUUUUGGCCGCCGCCACGCUGAGGCUGCAAGAGACGACGGCCGCUGCGGCGGCGGCAGCAGCCGCGGCCGCGGCCGCGACGUCGGCGACCACCGGCUGCAAGUCGCCUCCCGCCCACCGUCACAACAAUCAGCAGCAGCAACAACAACACCAGUCGCUCGAUCAACCGCUUGAUCUCAGCGCCAAGAGCAACAACAACAACAACGUCAGCGGCAACGCUUCGUCGUCGUCCACGCCGUCGUGUCCGAGCUCGACGUCUACGCCGUCGUCCGAGCUGAAAAACGUGCCAGCCACCGUCGCUCCCGCCGUCGCCAUCAACCCGUUCACGUCAGAUCUCAUCGCCACGGACAUGGUGAACCAGCUGCGCGACCUGUUACCUAGCACGUCCACGUUCCUACCGCACCCAACGCUCAAUGUGCCCAUGGUAACCCCCAACAACCGGAACGCGCUUAAAUCGAGGACGGUGAAACAGCCGAGUCACAUUGCCGGCCGGAAGACUUACACAGAGGACGAGUUGCAAAAAGCGCUUCGAGACAUCCAGAGCGGCAAGUUGGGCACAAGGCGGGCGGCCGUCAUAUACGGCAUACCCAGGUCGACGUUGCGGAACAAGGUGUACAAGAUGGCGCUGGAACGGGACAGCGCCGGCGGCGGCGCUGGCGGCGGAGUGGCCGUCAGGGACGCGUCGGCGGUCGGAGACGACCCGUCCAACGGACAGACCGCCGAGAUGAUGCCGAUGCUGGUCGAGGACGACGACGACGAGGACAGGGAAACGGCGUCGGUCGAAGACGAAUGCACGAACAGAGCGACGGCGGACGGCAAGGACCACCACCACGCGCCACACCAACAACAACAACCGCCGCCGCCGCCGCAGCACCGCGGCCAACAGCCCAGGACGCCGUCGUCGUACAUGACGGUCGAAGACUUGUUGCGGAUCACGGCGGAACAACAGCAGCAGGCGGCCGCGACCAUGCCCAACGCCGAGACGCUCCGGCUGUUCCUGCAGCAUUACGCCAACAACAAACUGCUGCACAACAGACCGGAGUCGCAUUAUCGGGGACGCGACGUACCGGUGGACGGCCGAUCGCCAUCGCCGCCGUCCACCGCCGCCGCCGCCGCCGCCGCUACGGCCGCCACCAGGUUUCCGCUGCCCAUAACUGCGGAUCUAUGGCCGGCGGCUGCAGCCGCUGCAGCAGCGGCGGCGGCCUUGGACCCUCAACACAUGGGAACGUAUCUGUCGCACUUGUUGUCCUCGUCGGUGGUGGCCGCGUCGCCUACGGCCGGAUUGAGGUCGCCGCACUUGCAAUCUCAUGGCAGUCCACCACCUCCACCGCCGCCGCCACCAUCGCAGCAGCAACAGCAGCACAUGUCAGUGGCUCACCACCAGCAAGAAUUAUUCAAAGACUUCACCGUCAAGGACUUGAUGCGCAAAAUACUGGACGAAGAACAGCAGCAGCAGCUACAGCACUUGCAACAGUACGGCAACAAAUUGGUAGACCCUAGACAGUGGUCGUCGAACGGUUGCAGUUCAUCUGAACCGAUGGACACGGGUCGCAGCAACGACGACGAUUCGAACCCGUCCAACGUCAUCCUGAGAAUACCGUCUUACAAGCCAGUUCCCGGUGGUAAGGGUGGCGAUUUUGAGUCGGUGGCGUGCGCCAAAGACAUCUCGUCUCCUGGGCGAACCAACAGUGUCAGAAGCGAUUCGUCGUCGCCACCGUCGUCGUCCGGCGGUGGUGUUGGUGGUAAACAUUCGGCCAACCUAAGAGACGUGAUCGCCAAGAAUAUCACGAAAAGGUUCCAAUCCGAUCCCUCGCUCCCACCGCCCAUACCAGCCGUCGAAUCGUUCGCUCGAGCCUAUCAACAGUACCAACAACAACACCACCAUCAUCAUCAACAACAACAACACCAUCAUCAUCUACAGCAACAUGGCAUAUCCACUUCCUUCGGUACCGGAAACUCCGUCAUUAGGAACCAUAACAACAAUAAUUUGCAGCAGGAUGAUUGUCGGAAACGAGUACCGACGCCUACCAACAAAUCAUCGUCGGUUAUAACGUCUUCGUCCGCUGGCGCUGGCUUCCACACGAGUAGCUCCUCAUCGUCGUCUUCCAACUCGGCAUCAGCUGCGGCGGCGGCGGCUGCUGCUGCGGCUGCGGCAGCUGCCGGUGGCAAGGGCACCAGGCCCAAGCGAGGCAAAUACCGAAACUAUGACCGGGACAGUCUAGUAGAAGCUGUGCGAGCGGUGCAGCGGGGUGAAAUGAGCGUGCACCGGGCUGGAUCUUAUUACGGCGUGCCACACUCUACGCUCGAGUACAAGGUCAAGGAGAGACAUCUGAUGCGGCCCAGGAAACGGGAGCCUAAGAACCCUCCGUCCUCAUCGUCAGUGUCCGCAGCAGUUGUCGCCGACCAGCAUUCAGAUCGGAAAAAGUCAUCGUCCGAUCUUUCGUCGGUCGUCCGGCCAAUUGACAAGACGACUACUACCUCGUCUUCCUCGUCUUCUGCCACUCCGCCAUCUAUUAAAAUGCCCGCGCACGUCCAGUUUUCGGCGCAACAACAACCGUCAUCGAUUCAGACACCUAAUGGGCUCAAAAUGUUUGACGCCGCAAGCCCGGUGGGACCGUAUCAGCCAUCGUUCCCGUUUUGGGCCCCAAACCCGUUCCACAUGCCUAUGGAGUUCCAGCGUAAUCCGGUGGCGUUCCCACCGAUGUCGAUGAUGCAACGGAUGCAAGCUGAGUCACGGUUACACCACCACCAGGCCGCAGCCGUGGCUGCUGCAUCCAUCGCCAGUUUGGGAAAAAACGCCCGCGAGGUAGCUGAAAACCUAUAUGACGGAACGGACAAUGGCAGCUUCCUGGACGGUAUCAUCAGGUCCAGUCUGGAAACGGGACUUAAGUCAGCGGCUACUAUGGCGGCAGUCCAAGCGGCUGCUAAAAACGCUAUGAAGGGAGAUGGAGGAUGUAGAGAUGGCAGUGGCGGCGACAACUGCAGUCCGGAAGGUUCACCGCAAGUAGCUGGGGCCGAAGACGACGGAAAAGACCAUUUGGAAGACCGAGCAGCCACGCCACCAUCAUGUCAGGACUCAGCUGCGAACAGCGAAGACGAGAAGUCUCCGGACGAACAGGAACACCGUCAUCAGCAGCAAGACGAUUCCGAACACGAAACAGUCGCUGAUCGGGCGUCCACUGCUUCACCCGAACGCGCAAUCGAAACGGAAAACGACGACGACGAUAUCGCCGACGCAGUUUGAGGUAACACCGCUGGUAUGCAUAAUAUAUUAAUGAUAAGUGUGUUUGAAAAAUGAUAAUAAAAAAAAAAAAUUGGGAACAAGUCAAAUAAGUAUAAACGUCUUAUGAGACAAUUCUCUUGUUUGUAAAUAAAUAUAAUAAUAUUAAUAUUAUGCUUGUUAUAUAGAACUCUCUUGCUGCCGACUAAGGGAGUUAUAUGUAUAUUAUUAUUAUAAUAUAAUAGAAGAAAAUGUGGUAUGAGUUUUUGUUUGUGUCGUUUCGGUAAUGAUUUUGAUUGAGGAUAGAAAUUAAAAAGAUAGUUUAAAAAAAUGUAAUCGGCUAGUGCAAUUUUUACGUGGUCUGUGUUAAAAAUUGAAAUAAUAAUACAUGCACGUAUAACAUGCAUUACUAAACUGCUGACGGUAAUGAAAACCUCCAUGAAUUGUUAUUUCGCGGCGUCUUUGUGAUAAAAAAAAAAUUGUUUAUAUUUGUUUACGUUGUGUUUUUCUUUUGUAAUUUAAAAACAAAAAAAAUCUUAUGAUUUUUUUACAUUAAAUUUUAUUGCACUACCAUGUUUUAAAACUACGAAUAUUUUUGGUUGUAAACGUCCCUUUUUAUGUACAGUGUAAAAAAUUUAAUAAUUUAUUUUAUUAUUAUAAUAAUAUAUAUACAAUACUAUUAUAUAAAUCAUUAUUGUUUCUGGGUAUAUACAGAUACACUCGUACAGUAUGUCGUGUUAUAUUGAUUAAUAUCACGGUCUUACGUAUACCUUUCUAUAUUAUAUCAUUAUAUGAUAUUUAAUCUAAAAUUAAUAGUAAUCGAUACACGGACUAGAGGGAUGUAUAUAUCUUAUUAUAUAAUACACAUUAUACAUGUAUAAGAAAAUCAUGCAUGAAAAUGUUUGUGCCAUAAAAAUAUUGAUAGUAUGUAUAGCAUAAUAUUAUAUGUGUACUGAAAUAUUUCAUUGGUCGAGCCGAUCACGCUUAACGAAUGUUUAUAAUUGAUUAUAUUUUCUAAUCACGUGUUCCAUACGAACGAACAUUUAAUUUAUUAAGUUUUUUCGUU